UAGUGGCACAACACUACUGCGUUACAUGGACAUCAUAUUUGCAUCUAGCUAGCGUGAACCGGGAAAGCAGUUUGACUGAUAAAAACAACAUCCUCUUGAUACGUGAUUGUUAAUCCAAAUAAUGUUUUAAGAAUAUAAGAUCUAGUCAUGAAUCUUCGGGGAUUCUUUCAAGAUUUCAACCCCAGGUAACGUAAAGAGAAAUCUAGCUACUGUUAACUUAACGUUUCGCGUUAGAGCUAAGUUACCAGUAACUAACUUAACGUUAACGAACUAGCUAGCUAUCUGAACCGGUGAAUCAUUAUGACCUCUGACCCAACUAACUAACAUUAGCUAACUAAUUUAGCUAUUAUAUUGGGGAAGGACAGCGUUAGCUAGUUAGCAAGCAUUGAUGUUAGCUAGCCAGCCCUGUUUUACGGUCGUUAAUAUUAGCUAGGUAACGUUAGCAUUGCAUGCCAACUAGCUAGAUAACUAACCAGCUGACUCCACUGAGCUCAGCUUCCUUGUUCUGGAAUUGCGUGGGGUGCACAUUUUUGUACCAGCCCUGCACUAACAUAAUCUGACGAGUAGCAAGCUAAAUAGAUUGCUGAAUAGAUUCAUGGUUGAUGAAAUGGUGUGUUUUUUUCCCCCCUCCCUUCUCAGUAAGUUCCUCAUCUAUGCCUGCCUGCUGCUGUUUUCUGUUCUACUGUCCCUGCGUCUGGAUGGCAUCAUCCAAUGGAGCUAUUGGGCAGUGCUUGCCCCAAUAUGGCUAUGGAAGCUCAUGGUCAUCAUCGGUGCAUCCGUUGGCACAGGCGUCUGGUCCCAUAACCCACAGUACAGGUGUGCUUUUAAACCCAAAUGCCUUUAUUUUUUGUUUUGUAUUUUUUGUCAAUGUGGCUGUCUUAUCAAUAUGAAAUUGUCAUAAGGAGAAAGCUGUCUGGUUGCCAUACCUGUCACUGCUGACUAGUAUGUAUUAUUUACUGUGCCUAUCAUGCUGGCAAUGCAGGGCUGAGGGUGAAACCUGUGUGGAGUUCAAGGCCAUGCUGAUUGCUGUUGGGAUACACCUACUCCUGCUCACCUUUGAGGUGCUGGUGUGUGACCGUGUGGAGAGGGGCAACCACUUCUGGCUGCUGGUCUUCAUGCCCCUCUUCUUCGUCUCGCCUGUCUCUGUUGCAGCCUGUGUGUGGGGAUUCCGCCAUGAUCGCUCUCUAGAGGUCAGACAUUUUAUCAGUUACAAGGAUGUUAUUUUCCUCAAAUAGCAUAUUUAGGCUAGAUCUUGGUGAUUUAUAAUAUAUUUAUCUAUCUACCUCCCUCGUUUUCCCUCCUCACCCAUUUUUUCUGUUCUUCCUAUCUUUCCUUGUAUUAGUUGGAGAUCUUGUGCUCGGUCAAUAUUCUCCAGUUUAUCUUCAUUGCCCUGCGACUGGAUAAAAUCAUCAGUUGGCCAUGGCUGGUAAGAGAACUACCUGCCUAAUAUUUAGGUCUGGAAAAUUAUGGGAAUUGAGUACAAUUUAUAGCGAGUUGGAAUGGAAAUAUACUUAGGCAUUCUGUUGAUUUUGUCUUCCAGGUUGUCUGUGUCCCACUGUGGAUCCUCAUGUCCUUCCUAUGCCUUGUGGUGCUCUACUACAUUGUCUGGUCAGUGCUCUUUCUGCGAUCUAUGGACGUCAUCGCAGAGCAACGGCGCACUCACAUCACCAUGGCUAUCAGCUGGAUGACAAUCGUUGUACCCUUGCUCACUUUUGAGGUAUGUGGUCAUGCCAUCCAUCCCCCAGUUAUUAGUGUGUUCAGAGAGCUAAAGAAGCUGGGAAGUUUUUAUUGUUGUCUCUGUCAUUGGCUCUUCAGAUCCUGUUGGUCCAUAAAUUGGAUGGCCACUACAGCUCCAGCUAUGUGUCAGUGUUCGUGCCUCUCUGGGUAUCCCUAGUGACUCUGAUGGCCACAACCUUUGGCCAGAAAGGAGGCAACCACUGUGAGUUAUUCCUCAGACAGUGAUAGCAGUGCAGCAGAAUUAAUUGCCAUUUAAGUCAUAUUGAGGCAGUGUUCUUUUUAUUUAUCUGAGAUUCCAGUCAGUGUAACUCUUUAAAUGUUGCUUCAAGCUAUAUUUGUUUUAACUGAUUUUUCUAUUUUCUAACAGGGUGGUUUGGCAUCCGAAAAGACUUCUGCCAGUUUCUUCUAGAGCUCUUUCCCUUCCUGCGGGAGUAUGGGAACGUUUCUUAUGACCUGCACCAUGAGGACCCUGAGGUGUCCGAGGAGAUGCCUGCACACGACCCACCAAAAAUAGCCCCCAUGUUCAGCAAAAAAAAUGGUGUGGUGAUCACACAGAGCCCGGGGAAGUACUUUGUGCCUCCUCCAAAACUGUGCAUUGACAUGCCUGACUAAAUUAAAGCAUUGCAACAGCUGCUCUAGAGCUUUGAUGGACUUCACAUGCAGCUGGAGAAGUAGUUUUUUACAACCAAAUAUCUAUCCAUUUUUUAUGUAAAUCGCAUGUUAUAGAAGGCUAAGGAUAAACUUACCCCAGACAGCGAAUCACUUCCUCAUUCUUGUUGUGCAGUAUGGGUGCCCUGAAAAAAUGUGAACAAAGGCUCCAAAAACACAAAAAUAUGGCCUUUUAGAAAUGGCAUAUUACAUUGCGGAUAAAGUUCAGAAUUAUGCAGUUUCAUGUGUACAACAUCUAAAUACCUGCAUCACUAUAUUGAGAGCUUUACCGUUUCUAAAUUAAUGCAUUUUGGUGUUUUUGGAGCCUUUGUUCAU